UUGUAGCUGCAAGGACAAUACCUUGGACAUUUGUUGAAUUUUUGAAUAUGGAACAAAUCUCAUUCGUUAGAAGACUAUACAUUGGAGGACUUGGCCAUUCAGUUUCUGAAGAUGAACUGUAUGAAAGAUUUAGCAAGUUUGGAAAUGUUACAGAGACUGAAAUCAUUAGCCGGAAGGAUGAGCAUGGGAACCCUACCAAAACAUUUGCAUACCUUAACAUCCUCCUUUCAGAAAAAGCACUUAAAAAAUGUGUAUCGGUUUUAAAUAAGACGAAAUGGAAAGGAGGGACACUGCAAAUCGAAUUAGCAAAAGAGAGCUUUUUACACAGACUAGCACGGGAGCGCCAAGAGGCUAGUGUGACAAAGGAAAAGACAAAUUAUAAUGGUAUGACAGAUAUUCAAGAAUCUCUGAAGAAAUCUGGAGUUGUAGAUUUCUGUGUGAAAGCAGUACCAGGAACAGAAAUACCAAAUCAUAAGGACUGGGUGGUUAGUAAAUUCGGCAGAGUUUUACCUAUCCUUCACCUGAAAGAUCAACACAAAAGCAAAAUAAUGAAAUAUGACCCUUCCAAAUAUUGCCAGAACCUUAAAAAACUAGAUCAAGAACCUAUAGAUUCAGUUCCCAUUUCACAGCUCACUUGGCAUCUGGAAGAAGCUGACAGUACCAUGAGCAAGAAACGGCAAGGGCAAUUCCCUGAAGUUAAGAAGCCAUCAAAAAAGAAAACAAAAAUACAGAACAGUGACAGCCUAAGCAAAGUUGAAUCAAACCCAGCUAAUGUCAUCCUUGCAAAACAAAUUCAGAACUGCACCUCUAACUCCAAGAAGCAAGCUAAUCAGCACUCUUCAGGUCAAAAGCUUAAAGCUGGAACCACGAGUUCUAGGCACAUAAAAAGCCUGUGUGGUGAUGACAUAGAUUCAGAAGAAGAAAUCAGAGCAAUUGAAGCAAGUGAGAGAAAAAAGCACAAAGAUAAUUGUACUACUGCGCCUGAGGAUAAUAUGGAAGUUGUCGGUGAUGACUUUAAGCUGAAAUACAGUACUCAUUGGUCUCUACAGAAAGCAAACAAGCAUAUAGCCCAAGCAUGCAAUGGACUACUAAGGCCUGCAGAAAAUGAAUCUGAUUAUGAUUCAGCUGACACUGAUGAAAUUAUAGCUGUGACUAAAUUAUCUGAUGACAAAGAGAGAAAUGAAUCUCUACAGGGCUCUAAGGAAACAGAAGAGCAGAAUGAUGGCCAGCCAAAAAGAACCAUCCAUGCUGAAAGAUCUCCAUCUUCUGGUUCAAAAGGGUCCAAAGCAGCAGAAGAAAAAAGAGCAGAAUCUGAAAAACCAUCAGAUGCACAAGCUACUCUGGACAGAUGCAGAUCUGAGAGUGAGGAAAACUCAGAUUCGUGUUCAGAUACAAGUGAGUCUGAGGGGGAUGAGGAUUAUGAAUCCAUGAUUCAAAGUGGCUUCCGAUUAGAUCUUACCUUAGAAGACUUAGAGAAAUUAGCUGGUGAAAGUAGUGAAGAUUCAGAGGAAGAUAACAAAAUAUUUCAAAGUACCAAUCAAUCACAAACUAAUUACUGCCCAGGUAGUAAAACUGGUACUGCCCCAGAGACACCCACAAUUUCCACCACUUCCAAAAAAUGUAUUUGCCCUGAAGAAAUACUUGCUGCCAUUUUAAAAGAAGAGAGAUCUGACAAAGAUGAUUUGAAACAAAAACAGGCAAAAGUGAAUAUUCAACCUUUCAAAGGAUUGGGGUCACUUAUCGGAGUACCGCCUGAGAGCGAGUUGGAUGUCAAUGUGCGUGAAAAGAAACAGUCUUCUUUUGAACUUGAAGUGGAGUCUCUGAAAAGUGUUAUAGAAGUAGAAUAUUCCAGUUUGACAAGUAAGAAACUUAACUCCAAACCACUGUCUUUGAAAGACUUGGACUUGGACAUUCCCAUAGUAGGAGGUCUUUCUGGAAACUCAAGUGAGCCUUCUGACCACCUCCCUGACAGUAUUGGAAAAGCAGAGAAAAUAAGCCAUGAUGUAAGUAUUAUGCCUGAAAGUGAACCCACCAAACGUGGGAAGUCUGUUUCCAAGGGACCAACAACUUCCAGUCUUAUACAGAAUAAAGAUUUAAAUGGCUCUCUGAAAAAUGAAGGCGGCUACCCAGCUUCUCCCAGAAAAACAAAGAAAUCAGAUAACGUGGGAAUGCAACUGGAGGACAACGAGAAAAGAUUGGCUGCCAUACAAGAAAGGCAGAAAGAAUGGGAGCUCCAGAAAAUAAUUAUACAGGGAGCUCUGACCAGCCAGCAAAUUCAGUCAACAAAUAAACAGAAGCACAUCGUGUUUGAUUCAGAUAAUGAAAAUGAAGUACAAGAGCAUACUGAAAAAGAGUCUUCAGAAAAGAUCCCAGUAAAGGAAUUCACCCCCAAAACUUCUGGGAAGCUGUUUGACAGCAGCGAUGAAGAAUCAGACACCGCAGCUGAUGAAAAUGAUCGGUUCAAAAUCAAACCUCAGUUUGAGGGCAAAGCUGGAGAGAAGCUUAUGCGUUUACAGUCACAUUUUGGCACAGAUGAAAGAUUUCGUAUGGAUGCUCAUUUCCUUGAAAGUGACAGUGAUCAGGAAG